CCCACCUGCCAACAGCAGCACUUCUGCCCGACGCUCUGCGGCUCGCAGUCAGGGGAGCUCUGCUGCCAGGCCGCAGGCGCCGCCGCCAUCCCGCGCAGUGCGGACGGGCGCAGCUGUAGCAGCCUGCUCCCCGCGAGUCACCCCGCAGCGGUGCAGGAGGGGCCGCGGCGAAGCUUUGGGCAGCGGCGCAGACGCUCCUGCUGCCUGGCCGGGGUAGGCGGCGGCGACGGCGGAAGCCGCCCGCGGUGGCCAUUUUGGGGUGCCGCUGGCGGCGCAGAGGAACCGCGGCUCUACAUCCCUCGCGGGGCGGGCGGCGCCGCCUGGCAGAGCCCGCUGGCACCGGGUGACGAGGGGUGGCGGCCGGUGGGCGGCGCCGGGCCGGAGGAGGCACGGAGGCACCACAUUCAUCCUCCCCGCGCAGCGACCCCCUCCCCAGGGUAUAUAGGGGCCGCGCCGCUGCGCGGAGGGUAAAAUGGCGGCCGCCACUGCCCCGAGCCCGCCCGCGCCGCAGCUGCCGCGGCUGCUGGAGCUGGACCCCUACCUGGCCCCCUUCGAGCAGGACUUCCAGCGCAGGUAUUGUCUGUUUUAUAAACGCUUGAAGAGCAUUGAGGAACAUGAAGGAGGCCUUGACAAAUUUUCCAAAAGUUACAAAACUUUUGGAGUUAACCAAUUCGUGGAUGGCGGAGUAUAUUGUAAAGAGUGGGCACCAGGAGCUGAAGCAGUGUUUCUCACAGGUGACUUCAAUGGCUGGAAUCCAUUUUCUCAUCCAUAUAAGAAAACGGAGUAUGGGAAGUGGGAAUUGUUUGUCCCACCUGGACAAGAUGGUUACCCUUCUGUGCCCCAUGGAUCAAAGCUAAAGGUGGUGAUUCGUGCUGAAAAUGGUGAACUCCUCUAUCGUAUUUCACCUUGGGCAAGAUAUGUUGUCCGUGAUGAAGACAAAGUGAAUUAUGAUUGGGUACACUGGAAUCCACCACAGUCAUAUAUACGCAGGCAUCCUUCCCCCAAGAGAUUGAAAAGCUUAAGAAUCUAUGAAUCUCAUGUGGGGAUUGCUUCCCCGGAAGGGAAAAUAGCAUCUUAUAAAAACUUCACUUACAAUGUACUGCCUAGAAUAAAGGAUCUUGGAUAUAACUGUAUUCAACUAAUGGCUAUUAUGGAACAUGCAUACUAUGCCAGUUUUGGUUAUCAGGUCACAAGCUUCUUCGCAGCAUCCAGCCGUUACGGAACUCCAGAUGAUCUGAAGGAACUGAUUGAUGUUGCUCACUCAAUGGGCAUCACUGUUCUACUGGAUGUUGUGCACAGCCAUGCAUCAAAAAACUCUGAAGAUGGUCUCAACAAAUUUGAUGGCACAGAUUCUUGUUUCUUCCAUUCUGGUCCAAAAGGAACUCAUCAGCUCUGGGAUAGCAGACUUUUUAACUAUGCAGAUUGGGAAGUUCUGAGAUUCCUUCUGUCUAAUUUGAGAAUGUGGAUAGAAGACUAUGGCUUUGAUGGCUUCCGUUUUGAUGGUGUUACAUCUAUGCUGUAUCAUAAUCAUGGGAUAGGCACAAGAUUCAGUGGUGAUUACAAUGAAUAUUUUGGCCUACAUGUGGAUGAAGAUGCUUUGUGUUAUCUGAUGCUGGCCAACUAUAUGAUUAACUUAUUGCAUCCAGAAUGCAUAACCAUAGCAGAGGAUGUUUCUGGAAUGCCAGCUCUUUGUCGCCCUAUUACAGAGGGAGGAGGGGGAUUUAAUUAUCGACUGGCCAUGGCUAUUCCAGAUAAGUGGAUACAGAUAAUCAAGGAGCUGAAGGAUGAAGAAUGGAAUAUGGGCAAUAUUGUCUAUACAUUAACAAACAGGCGGUAUGAAGAAAAAUAUAUUGCAUAUGCAGAGAGCCAUGACCAGGCACUUGUUGGUGAUAAGACAUUGGCAUUUCGACUGAUGGACGCAGAGAUGUAUACAAACAUGAGUGUGCUCUCCCCCCUUACUCCAGUUAUUGAUCGUGGAAUACAGCUUCAUAAAAUGAUUCGUCUCAUUACUCAUGCACUUGGAGGAGAUGGCUAUCUGAACUUCAUGGGCAAUGAAUUUGGGCAUCCAGAAUGGCUUGAUUUUCCCAGAAAAGGGAAUAAUGAGAGCUACCACUAUGCCAGAAGACAGUUCAAUCUUACUGAUGAUCAUCUUCUUCGCUAUAGAUUCCUAAACGCAUUUGACAGAGAUAUGAAUAGAUUGGAGGAAAGAUUUGGCUGGCUUGCAUCUCCCCCGGCAUUUGUGAGUGAAAAGCAUGAAUCCAACAAAGUCAUUGCAUUUGAAAGGGCAGGUCUCGUUUUUAUUUUCAACUUCCAUCCAUAUCAAAGUUACGUGGACUACAGAGUGGGUGUUGAAACUCCAGGAAAGUAUAAAAUCCUUCUGGAUUCUGAUACUCCAGAAUAUGGAGGACAUCAAAGACUGGACCACAGUACAGAAUACUUCUCUGAAGAAUAUCCUCACAAUUAUCGGCAUAAUUCACUUAUGCAGUCCAAUUCACAGAGCAGCUUCAGUCAACAACCCAGAAGAUGCCACAAGCACUACAUAGAGGUGUACAUUCCCAGCAGAGUGGCUAUUGUGCUUCAGAAUAUGGAUAUCCUAAACUGAAGAUAUGGAUAUUCUUCGCUGAAGAAGCAAGCCAUAGAAGAAGUGCUGAUAUACUGUACCAGUGCAAAGUAUUAAAAAGCUGUUCUAAGGAAGCUUUCUGAAACUAAAUAUAGUAGUAUUAGAUGUUUAAAAUAUAGGAUUAAUAUUCACAUAUAAUUUCAGAGCUCUCAAGUUGCUAGAACCUAUUUUGAGAAAACUUUAUGAAAGAGAUAGAAAGAAAAAUACAUCUUUAUAGCUCUGAGAUUACAAAAUUCUACUUAAGACAUUGCAGAGCAGCUGGCAUUCUUAAAUUGUUGCUUACAGAUCUUUAUCGGGAGUGGUUGGUCCUGCUCUCUGAUAUUUAUAAUUUCUUGUAAGCCUCUAUCAUUUUGAUGAAGAAUUCAAAUGUUCAUUAUAUAUCAAUGCCUCUUGUUAAAAGUAUUUUUUGUAAAAAAAAAAAAAAAUAAUAAUAACAAGUUCUUGGCUAAAAGGUAACCUUAAGGUUUGUGGGACCUCAUUUUGGGCUCCUCUUCUUCAGUGAAGUCCAACAUGUAAUUAAAAAUGUAUAUCCAAAUGGAUGAGAGGAUUCACAAAAAUGAUAAACAGCCAAAUGGGUAGGUUGAGUGACUAGGACCUGUUGAUGCUGUUGUGUACUGCUUAUUUGCUGCUUGUCAAAUUGCUUGCUACAGCUGAAAAAGGCACCUGACUAUUUUUUGUAGACCUCUAAGAUGCUCAUUAAGAGGAUUUUGUUCAUACUACAGUGAUACAAUGCUAGGAGAUGUUCUUAAAGUCCCCUUCCCACCCUUUUCACUUAUUUCAAUAAUAUUGAGACCUUGUAAUACUGAUUUCACCAUUUUCAGAAGCUGCCAUUCACCUUGGAACAUGAUGUUCUUGCACUUUUAUAACUUCUGAAACAUCGCUUAUCAUGAAGAAGUAGUCUCAAAAUGUAGUAAUGAAACUAAGAUAUUUUUUCUUUUUUUUCCUCUAAGUUUCAGGUAGUUAAUUGGAGUGCUGCUAAGAUUUUUCAAAUGGGGUCUUUAAUAAAGCUAGGAAGUUUUUUUUUUUUUUGUGAAGAAUAAGAUCCUGUAUGUUUGAAAAUGUAUUACAGAGUAUUCUGUAGAGUUCAUACCAAAUUAAAGAGAAAUGUUUUAAUUUGCUCCACAUAUUUUAAAGCAUAUUUGGUUUUGUUCUAAAAUGAAUGAUUCUUGUUUUGUACAAUUCUGUUUUCUGUCUUUAAUAUAGCCAAAGAGGAAGAGGUCCGUAACCAAUUUCAAGUCAUGCUUUUACUCAUUUUCUUCUGUGGGCCACUGCAGAUUACUGAAUACUUGUGUCAACCCUGAAAAUCUUUUCACAGUUCUUGGAAUAAAUACUUGUAUUUUAAUACAGUUUACAUUUAAACAAAAUCAGAAGUACGAUGGUAUAAUAUAGCAUUGAAAUUAGUCUUUUGAAAGGCUUCACACUGAAAGGACUUUAUGAACAUCCCCAGUCUGAAUUCUAUAUUGGAAUAGAACACUAUCACAGUUAAUUUUCCUCUCUAUCACUUUGAAUAUUGUUUGGUAGUGGGCUAAGAAAAGCAUUCCAAUACACUGAUAUUUUAAAAGAAAUACACUGAACUGUUGUAACAACUGGAACUGAUUAUCAUUUUUGUUAAAUGAUACUUUCUUUGUAGUGAAAUAAAAAGCAACAUAAUUAGAUGCUGUAUUUACGUUAUAGUGAUCUAUAUAAAAUUACAUGCAAAUAAACUCUGAGGAGGAUAAGCA